AUGGCUUUCUACCAAAACAACCAGUUUCAAGCACAACCACAGAACCUACAGUUCUAUCCAACACAAUACGACCAAUUCCAGAACUUUGGGAACAUUAACAACAACCCGAUCCAAGGUUCUAUGGAUUCAACUUAUGCUUCAAAUUAUGAUGUUUCAGGUUCAAUGGGUGAUCAAACUUUAUCUACUGGUAUACUGGCAGCCUUUUCCACAUCUGGUUACUCGAAUGAACCACCAUUAUUGGAAGAAUUGGGGAUUAAUUUUAAUCAUAUCAAAUUGAAAACUCAAGCUGUUUUAAAUCCAAGAGGGAAAAUAACACCAGAUAUAAUGAUUGAUUCUGAUUUGGCUGGUCCAUUAUUGUUUUGUUUAAUUUUUGGGACUUUCUUAUUAUUAGCUGGUAAAGUUCAUUUCGGUUAUAUUUAUGGGGUUGCAUUAUUUGGUACUAUAGCAUUACAUUUUUUCUUUAAAUUGAUGAGUGAAAAUUCAAUAGAUUUCACUAGAACUGCUUCGGUUCUUGGAUAUUGUUUAUUACCAUUAGUACCAAUAAGUUUUGCUGGUAUUUUUUUAGAUUUAAAUAAUUUAUUCGGAUAUGCAUUAUCUGCUUUUACUAUUUUUUGGAGUACAUUUUCAGCAUCUGGGUUUUUUAUUGCUGUGUUGAAAUUGGAUAAUGUUAGACCAUUGAUUGCUUAUCCUUUGGCUAUGUUUUAUAGUGUUUUUGUCUUGAUGGCUAUUUUCGUGGAGAAGACUGAAUAA